UCGCGCUCUCUCUCAAAUCUCAGUCUCUGAUUCGCUAUCUCCUUCUCUUUGUCCCCAUUUUCUUCUUCAUUUCAAACCCACCCCCCAAAAUCCACGUGAUCAUCGCCCAACUAUGAACCUUACCCAAACCAACCACCGCCUCACCUCCUCCUCCUUCGUCCCUCGUUUCCCGCCCUCCCACGCUUUUCAGAUCCGCGAGUUCCGCGUCUUCCGCCGCCGCCGACUCAAGCUCCGCCACCUCACUCUCCGCAGCCGCCUCGGUAACCCUAGCUUCCACGACUUCAUCUCGCAGCUCCCCUCCCCCAACUCCCUGCAGUUCGCCGCUCCCGCGAUCGCCUUCUUCUCCGGCGCGGCGCUGUUCCUCUCUGAUUUCUCAAAUUCAAAACGCAGCUCCGGCGAGGUCUCCGGGGAGUGGCUUCUGCUGACCAGUCCGACGCCGUUUAACCGGUCCGUGCUGGUGAGGUGUCCGGCGAUUUCGUUGGAGCUGCUGGAGGAGGUGGACGAGAGGCUGGUGAAGGAAGGCGGCAACUUCGUCAAGGUGAAUUCCGGUUGGAUUCUCUCCGGUACUACUGAGACUGAUAGUGAUGUUGUAGAAAAGUUGGAGUAUCAGAGACGCUGUGUGAACACAGACGACGGCGGCGUCGUGUCGUUGGAUUGGCCGGCGGGUUUGGACCUUGAAGAAGAGCAUGGACUGGACACCACCUUGAUUCUGGUGCCUGGCACCGCCCAAGGGAGCAUGGACCCAAAUGUCAGGUCGUUUGUGUGUGAGGCUCUCGGCCGGGGCUGUUUUCCGAUCGUCGUGAACCCUAGGGGCUGUGCUGGCUCACCUCUGACCACGCCGCGGUUAUUUUCAGCUGCUGAUAGCGAUGAUGUAUCCACUGCUGUAGAGUUCAUUAAUAAGGCGAGGUCAGGGACUACUUUGGUGGGAGUUGGCUGGGGUUACGGUGCAAACAUGUUGACAAAGUACCUGGCUGAAAUCGGGGAGAGCUCACCGCUUACGGCCGCUACUUGUAUAGACAAUCCUUUCGAUUUGGUGGAGGCCACUAAGUCCUCUCCUCAUCGAAUGGCCGUGGAUCAGCAGUUCACUGAGGGACUGAUUGAUAUUCUGAGAUCGAACAAGGAACUGUUUCAAGGAAGAGCAAAAGGUUUUGACGUGGAUCAAGCUCUCUCCGCAAAAUCUGUUCGGGAAUUUGAGAAAGCAAUCUCCAUGGUAUCUCAUGGUUAUGAUGACAUUGACGAUUUUUAUUCACAAUCAAGUACAAGAGGUGUGGUUGGGAAUGUGAAGAUUCCCGUUUUAUUUAUACAGAAGCGCGACGAUGAAUCAGCACCACCGUUAACAAUUCCACGCAGUUCAAUAGCAGAAAAUCCAUUUACAAGCCUACUCUUGUGCUCCUUUUUUCCUUCUUAUGUGGUUGACAAUUGCGGAUCUGCUCUAUCUUGGUGCCAGCGCCUAACAAUCGAGUGGCUCACAGCUGUGGAGCUUGGACUUUUAAAGGGUCGCCACCCACUUCUUAAAGAUGUGGAUCUGCCCUUUGAGCCAUCAAGAGAAUUAGCUCAUGAAGAACGUGAUGUUGCUGCUAGCUUCUGGUUAAAAUCUAAAAAGAAUUCUUCAGAUCGAUAUAUCUUGAGCCAGUCAGGUUCUUUAAAUGGAUAUGCAGCAAAUAGUACAGAGAAGAUGUUCGGAGAAACUGAUUCAGCUGCUAGCUUCUGGUUAGCAUCUAAAAAGGAUUCAUGGAGAAAGUCAGAGACUGAACAUACAGAGCUGCAAGAUGUGAAAAAUGGUGUACUGGAUAAGAUUCACACUGAUGAUCCCGCGUUGGUUGUACUGGAUAAGACUCACCCUGAUGAUCCAGCGUUGGUCAAUGAGGAGGAAGUUAAUCCUGCAGAUGGUGAAAGAGGUCAAGUGUUACAGACAGCAGAAGUUGUUAUGAACAUGCUUGAUGUAACCAUGCCAGAUAUUCUAACUGAAGAAAAGAAGAAGAAGGUCUUAGCAGCAGUUGAUCGAGGAGACACAAUAAUGCAGGCUUUGCAAGAUGCUGUGCCUGAAGAUGUUCGGGGGAAGCUAACAGCUGCUGUAUCUGGUGUUUUACAUGCUCAAGGUCCUAACCUAAAAUUUGAUCAGCUCCUGGGUGCUGUUCGAAUCCCUGAUAUAUCGGCAGGUUUGAAGCCAAAGAUCCAAGACGAGAGAAUUUCAAGCUCAGAAGGUGCAAAAGAAGACCAUCAUUCGUCUGAUGUGUUGAAAAAAUCGGAUGAUUUGUUGGAUAGCUCUGUUGACAGUCAACCGGCUGAUAAUAAGCUCCCUGGGGAACUAGAACCGGGGUCUCAUCCCUCAGAGCAAUCACCAACAAUUUUAACUCUGGAUCCUACAUUGAGCACUGAUGGGAGCGAUAUCUCUGGUUCUAUGGGGUCUCAUCCCUCAGAGCAAUCACCAACAAUUUUAACUCUGGAUCCUACAUUGAGCACUGAUGGGAGCGAUAUCUCUGGUUCUAUCAUCAAGGAUACUUCUGAAUCAGGAAGUUCUGAUUCUGAACAUCAUAACAAUAGUGCAAAGGGAUCAGAGCAGACUAAGCCUAACAAUUCCACUGGAGUAAUUGUCGAGGACAAGAGGAAGCAAGAUGGAGGAGAUGCUCAGUUAGACACAAAAGUUGAGGAAGGUAAUGAUAAUCAAAAGAAGGAAAACAAGAAUACACAGCCUGUAAUAGAUGAAAGCAAGUCUGAUACAUCUGAUUCCAAUGCCCCAGCACCUAGUACCUCAACACCUAAUGCUCCGGCACCUGGUGUCCCAGAACCUAAUGCCCCGGCACCUAGUGUCCCGGCGCCUAAUGCCCCAGCAUUUAGUGUUACUGAGGCAUUUGAUGCCUUAACAGGGAUGGAUGAUUCCACCCAAAUGGCAGUUAGCAAUGUUUUUGGGGUUUUAGAAAAUAUGAUUACUCAAUUGGAGGAGAGUGCCGAUGAUGAAAAUGAAGCAAACAAGAGUGAUUCUGCAUCUCUAAAGGAGAAUCCUGGUGGUGACAAUAUUCAAGAAAAUUCAGAAAUCAGUAAGUCGGACCAGCGUGUUCAUGUUGAUGGAUUAAGCGAUAUUUCUGUAUCUAAUGGUCAUGUCAAUGCUAUCGACCAGCAGCCUGAUGCAACAACUGUCUUGGAAGAGAAGCCUGCUCAAAGCCCUGUAUCAAUUAAAGCAAAUGGUAUCAGUUCACUGGGAAGUGACAGAGUUAAUCAGGUAGGUGAGGACAAUACUGAGAUGAGGGAUCAGAUGGUUGGUAUCGAUCAUGUAAACAAUGUACCACCUUGCUUGACUUCAAUACCACCUUGCAUAACUUCAAUCUCUAGUGGGGUGCAUAAUUAUCUUCUUUCAAAGGUUCGUGCCCAAUCACUAGAUUUAGAUGCAACCGCUUCUUUAUUGCUGGACUAUUUUCCAGAAGAAGGUCAGUGGAAACUCCUCGAGCAACCUGGAAAUGUUGGGGAUUCUGUUGAUGAUGUGGUUGCUCAGAAGGUUGAGGCACAGAAAUCUGUUGAUGAUGAAGUUAUUGAACCAGCUUAUAUAAUUUUAGAUACAGAAAAGCAUCAGGAGCCAGUAAAAGAAUAUGAAGCGGUAGAUAUUGUUGAAGAGAGGGUUGAAAUUGGUGAAGAUGAAAGAGAGGACUUUGGGGAGUUUGUGAGAAAUACUAUAUUGGAUAAUUUGACGGUUGAAGUUGGUCGCAGACAAAGUGCUGCUGACAUAGAAAUAAUGGAACCAUAUCUUACCAGAGAAUUGGAACAAGUGGCUAAUGCUGUAUCGUUUUCUGUUGGAAAUGCCUAUGAUCCACGUUUGGAAGUUGAGUACCAUAGUGUUGGCUCAGAAAAAGUCGGUACCCUUCAUGGAGAGCAUGUGAUUACAGCCAUAUCAUCUGCUGUUCAAGAGACUAGCUUCUUAAGAAGAGUAGUGCCAGUUGGUGUAAUAGUAGGCUCAAGCUUAGCUGCACUGAGAAAAUAUUUUGUUGUGGCCACAGUGCGAGAUAGUGGCCACGCGAAACCUCCAAUUCUUAGUCAAGCUAAAAUGUCUGGAGAGCAUGAUAUGGCUAAAGUUAGAGGCACAGAGAUUCACCACGUGGCUGUUGAUAAGUCUGAUCAUGUUACAAGGUCGGACAGUUUGAUUGAUCAGAAAGAGGAAAAGAUGGAGUCGGUUGAUAAGAAAGAGGAAAAAACGGAGUUGAAGAACUUAAACAACAGUGUUAUGGUUGGUGCUGUUACAGCUGCCCUUGGAGCGUCUGCUUUAUUGGUGGACCACCAGGAUUCAAUCACCGGCAAUGAAACUUCUGGGAGUUCAUUACAGCCCAUCAAGAUGAAUAGUAAUGGUCAGAUGGAGCCCGAGAAUCCUGAGGAGGCACCUGACAAACACCAAAGUAACAUUGUCACGAGCCUUGCUGAGAAAGCUAUGUCAGUUGCUGGCCCUGUCGUACCCAAGAACCAAGAUGGUGGACUGGAUCAAGAAAGAUUGGUCGCAAUGAUGGUUGAUAUGGGACAAAAUGGUGGCAUGUUGAGGCUAGUUGGCAAGCUUGCUUUGCUCUGGGGUGGUAUGCGUGGUGCAAUGAGUUUGACUGACAAGCUAAUCCAGUUUCUUCAUCUAUCUGAGCGUCCCUUGUACCAAAGGAUUUUGGGUUUUGCUGGUAUGACACUUGUUUUAUGGUCACCAGUUGCUGUCCCACUACUUCCAACAUUUAUGCAAAGCUGGGCAACUCAUACCCCCUCCAGAAUGGCUGAUCUUGCUUGCAUUAUUGGCCUCUACGCUGCAUUCAUGAUACUUGUUACAUUAUGGGGAAAAAGAAUACGUGGAUAUGAAGAUCCCCUUGCAGAAUAUGGGCUGGAUUUGACGUCAUUGCCAAAGUUGUUCGAUCUUUUCAAGGGGUUGAUUGGUGGAGCAGUGCUUGUUUUGUCAAUGCAAUCUGCAAAUGCAUUACUUGGCUGUGUAGAUAUCUCUUGGCCUUCCACUCCAUCUUCUUUAGAUGCCAUGAAAUUGCUCCAAGUGUCUGGACAAGUACUUAAGUUGGUUGGUCAAAGUAUCUUAACAGCAACUGGCGUUGCUCUUGUGGAAGAAUUAUUCUUCAGGUCAUGGCUCCCUCAAGAAAUUGCUGCAGAUCUUGGAUAUCAUCGAUCUAUAAUAUUAUCAGGACUUGCAUUCUCAUUAUGCCAGAGGUCUCUGUGGGCAAUACCAGGACUUUGGCUGCUAUCUGUGAGUUUAGCUGGUGCUCGGCAAAGAAACCAAGGCAGCCUUUCUGUUCCAAUUGGGUUGCGUGCAGGAAUGCUUGCUUCAAGUUUCAUCUUACAGAGGGGUGGUUUUCUAACCUACCGGGCUAACUCUCCUCUUUGGAUUAUCGGAACACACCAUUUUGAACCAUUCAGUGGGCUAACUGGUUUUGCAUUCGCUUUAUUAUUGGCAAUAAUUCUAUACCCGAGAGAGCCUCUGCCUACAGAGAGUAUGGAAAGUACAACUGAGGAAUAACUAUAUCUGAUACCAGUGAACAUGUUAUCGAUGAUGUUAAGGCGUUUUGACCCUGAAACCAGGAACAGCCUAGGGGUUAUGGGGAAGCAAGUACAACAAAGACCAGGUUCAAAGGUGGAAAGGAAAUUGAAAGUUGAAAGUGCUUCAUAGUAGCUUUUGAUCUUUCAUGACAGAUGGUCACCAAGGCUGUGUAUAUACAUACAAAAUCAAAGGUGGUAGGCAAUUCCGUGACUAGGAAAUGAGCUCGUGUCUUCAAUCAUCAUCCCCAUAUGAUCCGAUCAAGUGCUCUUGACUGCAACUUCAACUCUUUUUGCUUCUUCGGUUCUUCCCAUCACUAUACAUGUAUAUAUAUGUAUGUAUAGUGAUAAGUACUAAUACUGUAAAAAUAUAUAGAAGGAACUGCAUAUAUUGCAGCUGUAAAAAUACUGUACAUUUGUAAUAAGUAAUAACCAAGUCCAAAUGCCAAUA